AUGGAACCAGCUACAGACAAAUCUAUCGAUAGAUUAGUUGUCAAUGCGAGAACAAGAAGACGUACCUCUUCUGUAGGGAAGAUUGAUCUGGGUGAUACAGUGCCUGGGUUUGCCGCUAUGCAUGAGACUACGGCGUCCAAGAAUGAGGCUAAGAAGAGAAUGCAGGCAUUAACUGGGGACUCUAAGAAAGACAGUGAUCUUCUGUGGAAGGUUUGGUUCUCAUAUAGAGAAAUAAACUAUCGUCAUAGUUGGUUAUCACCCUUUCUCGUACUCGUAUGCGCAUAUAGUGCAUACUUUUCAUCCGGGAAUAGAACAGAAACAAACCCAUUGCAUAUGUUCGUAGCCGCAUCUUAUCAGGUUGGUGAUACUGAUUCAUAUGGAAAAGGUAUAAAGGAUUUGUGUUUUGUGUUUUUCUACAUGAUUUUCUUCACCUUUUUGCGUGAAUUCUUGAUGGAUGUUGUCAUUCGACCAUUUACGAUUUUCUUGAAGGUCGACUCUGAGCAUCGUCAAAAACGUAUGAUGGAACAAAUGUAUGCCAUUUUCUAUUAUGGUAUCUCAGGUCCCUUUGGCCUUUAUAUCAUGUAUCAUAGUGAUUUGUGGCUGUUCAAGACACUUCCAAUGUACAGAACGUAUCCUGAUAUAACCAAUCCAUUUUUGUUCAAAGUGUUUUACUUAGGACAAGCAGCGUUUUGGGCACAACAAGCCUGUGUCCUUGUUUUACAAUUGGAAAAGCCAAGAAAGGAUUACAAGGAAUUAGUUUUCCACCAUAUUGUGACGCUGUUAUUAAUUUGGUCAUCGUAUGUUUUCCAUUUUACCAAAAUGGGGUUACCAAUUUAUAUCACCAUGGAUGUUUCGGAUUUUUUCCUUUCUUUGUCUAAAGUACUAAACUACUUAAAUUCCAUGUUCACCCCUGUUGUUUUCGGUUUGUUCGUGUCUUUCUGGAUUUAUCUACGUCAUUUUGUGAAUAUAAAGAUACUAUGGUCUGUCAUGACGGAAUUCCGUCAUGAGGGAAGUUAUGUGUUAAAUUACGCCACGCAACAAUACAAAUGUUGGAUUUCGUUGCCGAUCAUAUUGGUGCUAAUCGGAGCUUUACAAUUAGUUAAUUUGUAUUGGCUGUUUUUAAUUCUCAGAAUCUUGCAUAGAUUGAUAUGGCAAGGCAUUCAAAAAGAUGAAAGAAGUGAAAGUGACUCCGCCGGGAGCGACGGAAAGGAGGAAUCCAAGGAAAAGCAUGAAUAG